GCGUCACAACACCCUCAGUUCCCUGUUCCCUUUCACCCUACUCUGUUCCCUGCGGCCUGAGCUCCUUCAGGCAGCGACAUUUAUUGCUUCACCAAGCCAAUCCUUUGAGAGAUUGACUCUCAAAAAGUCGGUCUUGCAGUUCGUUGAAAGGCAAAGACUGACCAGGCUCUUCACCAACUGAGCCCUUGCAGAGAAUUGUCUUUGAAGAUCACUCGUGUCCUUUAUUGGAAGGCAAAAGUACUGUGUCUGAGACCUUCACUGCAGUAAAGAUUCUCCCUCCCUGGACCAAGUCCAGGGAGGGGGAACACAGCUGAUGCAGAGUCUAGAGGUGAGCUGAGACACGAUCACUGGUACGACUUAUCCACCCACAACAUCCUUCAGAAUGGAUCCCGGAUUCCCGAGGAGAGCGGUGCUGACUCGUCCUCUAGAGCCGAGAGAGGCUGAGAAGCCUAAGCGUCUGACCAUCUUUGACUUCAGGGAGGUUGGUCUCAGGCUCAGGAAGAAGCCGGACAACCCUCAGGAGACAAAGCUGCCCAAGAUUGUCCGGCCCCCAGGCACGAGUGAGAACUCCAGUUCCAAGUUCUUGUCACUUGGCCGGAAGAAGACCUUGCUUGAGCCUGUCCCAUCCGAGCUGGUGUUUCAGAACUAUGUCCUUGGCAAGGUCUGUGAAAUGCCCCUGCUUCUGAGGAAUAGAGACAAGGUUACUCGGCUGGUGAAGGUCACCAUGGACAGCUCACCUUAUUUCAAGUUGGUCGGCCCCAAUGGUGUGUGCCAUCAGAUCCCACCGGGCUCAUUUUGUACUAUAAACAUCCUUUUCACCCCUGAGGGGAGCAAGUUACUUUUCCUGCAGGAUCAUUUCCACCAGCUUGUCUGCAUCAGCAAAAGAGAAAAGCUCACUGUGCCAAUCCGAGCCAUUGGUGCCCGCCCAGUCUUGGACUUCCCUGACCAGCUGGACUUCUCGUUGUGUCCAGUCAACCACAGCACCCAGAAGACUCUGCUGGUUCACAACACUGGGAACCUGGAAGCCUGUUACAGCCUCAGCACUGAGAGCCCUUUCACUGUCAGCCCAGCCACGGGAACCCUCGACGUUGGUGAAGCCAUGCAAGUGACAGUGGAAUAUCACCCGCUGCAGACCGGGCACCAUUCCACAUCCCUGGCAGUGCACUGUGACAGAGGUGAAGAUACCCACACCAGACUUCUUGGAAAAGCUGAGGACUUCAACAUCGAGCUGGACAAGUACUCUUUGGAACUUGACAAGACUUACCUCACACUGUCAAGCCACAGAACCAUGGUCAUCCACAACAGAAGUAACAUCACAGCCCGAUUCCAGUGGAAGGCUUUUGCUACUGAGGCAGAGGAGUAUCAGCAGAAGAUCAGGCUGUGUCACAAUCUGUCUCGGCCACCCCAGGAGAUAGCAAAGGCUCUUGUGAUGAAGCGCUAUGAGGAGCUGGACCUUUACGACCGCGAGUUGGAGAAGGAGACAGCAAAGAUUGAAGCAGACUCCAUGCUCUUCUCAGAUGACGUUUUCACCAUUGAGCCCUUGGAGGGAGAGGUUGGGCCACAUUGUUCAGCUGAAAUCAAGGUGUUCUUUAAACCCCGAGAAGCCCAAGUCUACAGAAAAGUGGCCUACUGUUCCAUCUCAGGCCGUGAGACCAGGCUGCCCCUGCGACUCACAGGGGAAGGCCUCGAGCCCUGCCUCCAACUCAGCUCUGAGGAACUGGACAUGGGGAAAGUUUUGGUUGGAAAAGCCUACAGCUACGAGGCAGUGCUGGUUAACAAAGGAGCUAUUGAUGCUCCUUUUGAGCUCAUCCCUCCAACCACAGCCCGUAGCUCCUGCUUCACCUUUCGGCCCCAGCAGGGCAUCAUUCCACCCAGUGGGCUCCAGCCUAUCCAGAUCUCCUUCAGUUCCACCACCCUGGGGGAGUUCAAGGAAGAAUUCCAUUUCAAUGUGGCUGAAUGCCCUAAGCCUGUGACCUUGACUAUCAGGGGCCACGUCACCGGACUGAGCCUGCAUUUCAGCACAGGUGGCCUUGACUUCAAUGACGUCUCCUUUGGCUUUCCUCAGACCUUGUCGUGCCACCUGAUCAACACCUCCGUGGUGCCCAUCACCUUCCACCUUCGCAUCCCUGAGGACGGCCAGGGACAGCCCAGCCUUAGGAGCUCUGAUCAAGUGAAAGACAACGCUCACCCCUCCUGGGAAAAAGGCACACUGGCUCCAUGUCAGGAGAAGCCAAUGGAGUUCACCAUAACACCCAGCACAGGGACCAUCCCUUCCCAGGGAUCCCAGGAGAUCAGGGUCACGCUGUGUUCCAAUGACGUGGGACAGUACGACUGUGAUAUGGUGGUGGACGUGGAUGGUUUUGGCAAGGAGGUGUUGGCUCUGCGCCUCAAAGCCAGAUGUGUCGUUCCUGAGCUGCGUUUGCUCUUAUCCACCCUCUACUGUGGACCAUGCUCUGCAAAGGUCCCUUGCGAGAAGAUGAUGACCCUUGUGAACCUGAGCCCCCUUCCAGGAUGCUACAGAGUUCUCCCUCAGAGACACCAAGAGGCCGCUGCUCUGUGGUACUCCAGCCCCAAGCCGUGUGGGAUUAUCCAAGGUCACGAGGCGGUGGAGAUCCCAAUUACAGCUGAAGUCCAGGCGGUGGGUGCUCAUUCCAUCCCGGUGGAUAUCGCCGUGUUCGGGAAGGAGACAUCCCCACUGCAAAUGCGUUUAAUGUGCACUGGAAAGACGCCGCUUGUCUACGCAAGUGUGAAUAAGAUAAACUUCGGCGAGAUCCAAGCGAUACAGGAGACUUCCCAAACUCUCCAGCUGUGCAAUCAGGAUCUCAUCCCUGCAGCCUUCAGAGUAGAGAUCGAUGGCAAAUGCUGGAGUAUUGAACCCAGGGAAGGAGUGGUCCCUGCCAAGGCUGAGGUUCCUGUGGUUGUCACGGCAAACCUGGGUGACACAGGGAGAUUUGAAGACAGCAUGAAGCUGUUCAUUGAGAACAGCCUUACCAGUGUCAUCCCCAUCCAGGCUGUGGGCAUCGGCACCACAAUUACCAUUGACAAACCGUUUGCGCCGGAGCUGAAUUUGGAACCCCAGUUCAACCUCGUUCCCUGCGUUUUCCGGUUCAACGUGACAAACAAGGGGCGUCAGUUCCAGCGGCUGUACUGGGGCACCGAAGGUUUCAGCCCCUUUCGACAGCGUCAUCCUCUCCCUGCCCUCUGUGUCACCAAGGGCAAAAACGCUUCCCAGAGACACACCACCCCCGUAUUUAAGCUGCGACCACGGAGUAUGAAUCUGCAGCCAGGCGAGACUAUGGAGCUGGUGCUGGAAGGCUUCUCCAGCACUGUCCAGGACGUGGAGGAGAAGCUUGUGUGUGAGACAGUCGUGAAGCCAGAGAUAACAAAGAAAGAGAUAAUCAAGACAAAGGUCACCUGCAAGUUCAUUUCUCCCGCUGUGCAAAUGUCAUCCAAGGCAAUCACUUUCCGUGUGGAGAAGCACCCUGAUGAUGUCCUGACUCUUCAGUACAAGCCUCUAUCUUUAAAAAACACCUGCUGCCUGCCAUUCCACCUUUUGCUGGACUUGGAGCAGCCGUUCCUAAUCUGUGAUGCAGACCAUCAGCCCCUCCCUGCAGGGGCCCAGCCUGUGAAGAUGGAGGCAGGGCAGGAACUUCAUCUCUCCAUCGGCUUUAACCCAGCCUAUAAAAAGGAUCCGAUCAGCUGGGUAGCAGAGAAGACUAUGAAGAUCCAGCUGGUGGAACAUCCUCAUGAGGAAGAGAUCACCGUUCGGGGAGAGGUCUACUUCCCGAAUCUCCGUAUCCCGACCAAAGCGCUGGACUUCGGUUGCAUCGCGAAUGGCACAAAACAAGUGCGUUACCUGGAGAUGACCAACUGCAGCCCAAUUCCUGCCCACUACCACUGGUCAUUCCGGGUGAACAGCAAGGACUACCUGACAGGGUUCAUACCUUCCCCACCUAGAUUCAGACCCCAACCACAAAUGGCCAGGUUCGGCUGUGUUGAGUGUGGGCGUUAUUCAAGGAGGUACUUCAGGCCUGGAAGUGUGCGGGAGCCAGCCAAAGCCCCGGAAGCAGCACAGGACUCUUCCCAACAAUCAUCACAUUCAGCAAACUGCCUGGAAACAGAACAGAAUUCUUCCGAAGAGUCAUCAGAUUCAGAGAACUCCCUGGAAACAGAAUGGGAUUCUUCUGAAGAGUCAUCGGAUUCAGAGGGCUCCCUGGAAACAGAGGACGAUUCUCCUGAACAGUCACCACAUCCAGAGAACUCUCUGGAAACAAAGCAGGACUCUUCCCAAAAGUCAUCACAUUCAGAGGCCUCCCCGGAAGCAAAGGUGCCACCAUCCACUGCUGCAGGGCCUCGGAGCUCAGUGGAGACGAAGGGGUCUGGGCAGUCGGCGGAGGCAGAGGCCCCUGGCUUCAGAGUGGAGGAGGUUUUUGGUGUCCAGCCGGUGUCCGGUGUGCUGCAGCCGGGCAAGAGCCAGCAGGUGCCCUUCACCUUCUUUGGCCAUGCCAGCAUCAUCGCCCGUGUCACAGCGCUGUGCCGGGUGGAGGGAGGCCCGACCUACGAGGUGGAGCUGAGGGGAGAGACUUCGGUCCUCACCUACCACCUGAGCAUCGAGGAGAUCAACUGUGGGCUGCAGCUCUUUAACGAAGUCACCAGUGCCGAGGUCACCCUGCGGAACGACGGGAAGGUCGGAUUCACCUACGUGGUGCAGAGCCCCAGCACUGGCACUGCAGACAAGCCUCUGCCUGGUGUGCUCGUGGUCCGGCCCAGCACAGCUUCCAUUGAACCUGGCAAGGAGCAGGUGCUGAACCUCUAUUACCUGCCAGGAGUGCCAGGAGUCUUCUGCAGGACUUUCCAGGUUCAAGUGGGUCACCUGAAACCAGUAGAAAUCUCCCUGAAAGGAGAGGCAAUCUUUGCUGGGAUCUGUCUGGACCUGCCCUGGAGCAUCAAAGGAAGUGAAAAAUACGAGAGGCUACUGAAACAGGCAAAAGAAAAGCUGAAAAAAGACAAGCAGGACAAGAAAGCAAACACUUGGCUGAGGAUGGAGAUGGAGCAGAUGCUGAUAAAGGAGAAUGCUCUGGAGCUGCAGCCAACCCUCAUCUCCCGCCCCCCAGAGGACACUGUCUUUAACAAGAGCAUUCCUCAGAAGCUUGUCAAAGUUGAGCUGCCCGAGUACAUCCUGGACAUGGGCACUGUUGUUCAGGGUUACAGUAAAAGCUGUACUGUGAAGAUCACCAACACCUGGAGGUACCCAGUGGUCUUCCGGGCCGAUGAACGUGCCCUGCGUGACACAGGUUUCAGCAUAUACCGGGAGCCCGUGGAGUUCCUGAUCUACGGCAACACCAAACUGUUUCAAGUGAACUUUGCAAGUGCCAACCUGCCCGUGGGAAAGGUGGAUGUGCUCCUGCCCAUCAAGGUAGAGAAAGGCCCCACACUGCACAUCCGCCUCCGUGCCACUGUGAUUCAGCUGCUGCUCAGCCUCUCCAGGAACAGACUCCAGUUCCCCGAUGUCCAGGUUGGGCAGUGCUGGAGUGAAACAGUCCGGCUCUACAACCCGUUCAACGUGCCCUGUGAAUGGUUCCUCACUGUCAACAAACCUGCCAAGAAGGUGGACAAACGUUUGACACCGGCCAUGCGUCAGAAGGAGCUCCAGGCUGCGAAGGAUGAUUCCCGUGUCUUUCAGUGGAAGGCCCGGGAGGGAACCCUCUAUGGUAGAGAGUGGUGUGACCUGCAGAUCCAGUUUUCCCCCCUGGAAGAGAAGUCCUACAAAACCGAGCUGAAGAUCAACAUUCGUGGGAACAGCCAGCUCCUCGUGCUGCACAUCUCAGGACAGGGUCUGGAGCCACGGCUGGAGUUCAGCCCCGCGGAGAUCAAGCUGGGAGCGGUGCUUCCGUGCGGCCCUGAGCUGGAGAGGACAGUGGUGGUGAAGAACCCCUGCGAGUUCCCCAUUGAAUUUUACUCCCUGGAGUUUGACGAGGAGUACCGUGAGGAGGAGAAGAUCCUGCGGACGCUGGAGGAGUUUGGAGACCGGGCAGCCGUGGUGAUGCCUCCACGCGCUGUGGGUGAGAAGCUGCCCCCAGAGGUGCUGGAAUAUUAUGAAAAAUGGAAGAAGAUGGAGGCUCUGGGUCAAGAGAUGUUCAAGCACAAGGAAGAAUCAGGCGAGAACAAUGCAGCACUUCAAGAGAGCAUCAGGUUGUUGAAGGACAUGGUGGACGAGUGUGACAGGCCCAUCCAUCAGGCCAUCAGGCGCUACCUCGACACCAAUCCCGUUGUAGAAGAGCUCAAAGCCCAAAUGCCCAGAGGGAUUGCCAUCAUCGUCUAUGGGACCCCCCAGACAGGAAAGACAAGGGUAGCGGCCGCCCUGUCCAAGUAUUACAGUGCCGCCUGCUUGUCCCUGGACGAGGUGGUGACAGAAGCCAUGUCGGACGAGUGCAGCUCGGCGGGGCGCCGUGCCCGGGAGCUGUGCGUCGAGGCUGCCCGUCAGCAAAGAGCCAUGAGGGAACAGAUGCCGGGUAAAAAGGGUGCUGAGGCCAAGAAAACCCAGCCCAGCCCUGGGGACAAAGCCAACCAGAAGACCCUCAGUGCUGGACACCAGAGCGCUUCAGCAACCAAGGAUAAGGCAUCUGACAAACCCCAGGCAAGAUUUUCAGUGCCCUCCAAGAUGGCAGCCGUUUCCUGCGCCACCGCUCCUGCACCACAGCGACUGACCAUCCUCACCAGGACGGGGACAAAGGAGGAAAAGAGGAAGUGUUGGAGCUGUGUGCUGCCCGAGGAAUUGCUGGUGGAAAUCAUCUCUGAACGGCUGCAGCUGAGUGACUGCUACAAGGGAGUGGUGUUUGAUGGCCUGGAGACCCUCUUUGCGAGCAGCCUGGCAUCUUCUCUCCUGUGCGUGCUCAAAGCUGUCAGCAAUCGCCCUCAUAUCCACGUUGUGAACAUCUUCCAGGAUUCUGAGUUUUGGAAAGGCAGGCAGAUAGCUGCAAGAGAGAAGAGGGCAGCUAAAGAAGAGCAGAAAGCACGGGAGAAGGAAGAAGCUGCCCGGAGAGAGGAAGAACGUCUCUGGGAUGUGGAUGUGGACGAGUACAAAGCCCUCUCUGAGAAGCAGACAGCUCUGCUUGAUUACAAAAUAGAACAAAUCAAGUGUGAGCGGAAGGAGAGAAGGGAGCUGGAGCAGCUGGCUCGAGAGCAUAAGGAAAGCAAAAAGGCGUCAUCACGAGCCUCAGAGAAGAAAGAUGGGCAGCAAGAAACCAAAAUCCCAGAGGUCCCGAGUAAGCGGGACAGGAUCUUGGACCUGAGGUUUGACAUCUAUGAGUCUUCUCAGAAGAAGAUCAAACAUAUUCUGUCAUCCUGGGACAGGGUUCAGGGUAUCAUAAACCAAUCCCACUCUUCCCCUAAACACAAAGAUGAGAAGAAGAGCAGUAAGUCUCCGGAGAAGCCAGAGAAGAAGCCUCUGGAAAAACAUGGCAGCCACAAGAGUCUUCAGCGGGAAGGGGAAGUUGCAGAAGGCUCAGUCAGAAGCCAGGAUGCCGGAGUGCCCUGCUUGGACUUCCACGUCACGCGUCGUGAAAAGGUGUUUAGGAGGAUCCUGAAGAGCAAGAAGCUGCCACCACCAAAGCAGAUCCUGCACUCUCUGGGACUGGGACCUCCCAUUCCCCCUGGCUCUCUUUUCUCUGUGGUCCCCUACCCAGAGGAGGACAGAGUCCCCACAGCAACAGAAGACCUCAGACACUUCAUCCUUGUUGAACCUGAGGGUGCUGCUGCAGAAGAUGAUGUGGCCCCAGAGGCAGAGGCACAGGACCACUUGAAUGAGGGGAAAGCCACGAGCAGACACAAGUCUAGCAAGGAAAAGCCAAACUCCCCCCAGAGCCCGAAAAGUCUCCAGGAUCACUCCCCAGAAACACCCCGAAGUUCACCUGAGCCAAUGAAAAGCCAACUGCAGAGUGACUCAACCCUCGAGAGACCUGCCAGGCUGAGAAGGUUCCGCUGGAUCGUUCCUGCCCACGGCGAGGUGGAACUGAAGAUCCGCUUCAGCCCCACAGUGCCAGGGCAGUUUGACCAGCUGAUGAACUUUGAGAUCCUGGGCUCAAAGCGCCUGUACCAGUUGCCCUGCAGUGCCACUGCCCUGUACCCCAGCAUCAGCCAGAACCCACGGCUGGUGUUUCCUCGCUGGAGGAAGAGCAAGGAGAAGGAGGACAUCAUCUCGAAGGAAUAUGUCAUGAGCAUGAAGCAGUUCCACUUUGGACCGCUGCUUUGUGGCAAGUCAGGAGAGUGGUAUGUGCUCCCUGCUCCCAAGUGA